AUGGACUCCUUCACAAAUUCACUGGGUGUUAACCAGCAGUCGAAGAAGCAGGCAUGGAUGGAUAAGAUUAGACAAGAAGCUGCAGUUGAGCAGGCUAGAGCUUUGAUUGAUAAAGUUUCGGAUAACUGCUUCGAGAAGUGUAUUCCAAAGCCUGGGAGCAGUUUGACAAGCGGUGAGACGACUUGCAUAAACCAGUGCAUGGAGAAGUACAUGUCCGCCUGGAACGUCGUGUCGAGAAAGUAUAUUGAGAGAAUACAGGCGAGGGAUGUUUAA